GUCUACCAAUUUAAACCCAGCACAGCAUGGUACCAAUAAACUCUUUUGCUUAUUUACUUUUUAAAAUAAAAGGUUUUAAUUUUAAUUUUUUUAAACAAACUUGCCUAAACGAGACGAGAGAGAGAAUCUGGUGGGCUUUGAUGAAUUAUUUCUCUCUGGCAUCAUAGUCUCUUUCUAUCGAAGAAGAAGAUGAUGAUGGUGAUGAAGAAGGAAGCAACAUACUCCUCCAUUCUCACACUCCUCAUUGCCACACUCUCCCUAGCCCUCUCCGACGAGUUCGGCGACAGAGGAGAGAAUGUCACCGUUGACCCUUCUCUUGUCUUCCAAAAUGACCGUCUCAGAAACGCUUAUAUAGCCUUGCAAGCUUGGAAGCAAGCCAUUUUGUCUGAUCCCCGCAACCAGACAACCGAUUGGGUUGGAUCCCAAGUGUGCAGCUACACCGGAGUGUACUGUGCUCCCGCGCUGGACAACCCCAAUAUCCGUACCGUAGCCGGCAUUGAUCUCAACCAUGGUGACAUUGCCGGUUAUUUACCCCAAGAGCUCGGUUUGCUGGUGGAUCUUGCACUCUUCCACAUCAACUCAAAUAGAUUCUGCGGCACCGUGCCGCACAAGUUCGAUAGGUUGAAACUGCUCUACGAACUGGAUCUCAGUAACAACAGGUUCGCAGGAAAGUUCCCUGAGGUGGUUCUGCGUCUUCCGUCACUCAAGUUCUUGGAUCUCAGGUUCAACGAAUUCGAAGGUACGGUGCCGAGAGAGUUGUUCGAUAAGGACCUGGACGCCAUUUUCAUCAACGACAACCGUUUCGUCUUUGAUCUUCCGGACAACUUGGGCAACUCGCCGGUCUCCGUCAUCGUCCUCGCCAACAACAGAUUCCACGGCUGCAUUCCGGCCAGCUUGGGGAACAUGUCUAACUUGAACGAAAUCAUCUUGAUGAACAAUGCAUUCCGAUCGUGCUUGCCUUCGGAGAUUGGGCUUCUGAAGAACCUGACGGUGUUCGACGUCAGCUUUAAUCAACUUCUUGGUCCCUUACCGAACGCCGUUGGAAACGCCGUCAGCUUGGAGCAGCUCAAUGUGGCGCAUAACUUACUCUCAGGUCAAAUUCCAGCCAGCAUUUGUAUGCUGCCUCACCUUCAGAACUUCACUUAUUCCUUUAACUUCUUCACUAGUGAGCCUCCCGCAUGUCUCGCAUUGCCAGCGUUUGACGACAGGCUCAACUGCUUACCGGCAAGGCCGGCGCAGAGGCCUCCGCCGCAAUGUAAGUCGUUCUUCUCUAAACCUGUGGACUGUAACUCCUUUAAGUGUAAACCAUUUGUUCCUUCACCUACACCUUCACCUGCAACACCGGUAACACCUUCACCUCCAUCACCUUCUACACCUUCACCUACUACCCCUGUAACUCCUUCACCUACGACACCUGUAACACCUUCACCUCCUUCCCCUUCAACACCUUCACCGUUUCCUUCACCUACGACACCUGUAACGCCUUCACCUCCUUCGCCAUUUCCUUCACCUACGCCACCUGUAACACCUUCACCUCCUUCCCCUUCAACACCUUCACCGUUUCCUUCACCUACGACACCUGUAACGCCUUCACCUCCUUCACCUACAACACCUUCACCAUUUCCUUCACCUACGACACCUGUAACACCUUCACCUCCUUCGCCAUUUCCUUCACCUACGCCACCUGUAACUCCUUCACCAGUACCUUCACCUCCAUCACCUACAACAGUACCACCUGUUCAUAGUCCUUCUCCAGGGUAUUUGCCACCGCCGCCACAUUCUUCCCCUAUACCACCUGUGUACCCUCCACAACAUUCUCCACCUUCACAUACUCCAAAGCCACCUCCAUCAAAUUCACCAUCGCCCCCUUCUCCCCCCCAUCACUCACCCGCACAACCUGUUUAUCCUUAUUUAUCACCUCCACCACCACCUUCACCGCCUUGUAUAGAACUUCCUCCACCCCCUCCCCAAUCUACACCUUCUCCCACACCUUACCUCCCACCACCAUCUCCUUCUCCUCCUCCGCCACCAGUGUAUGUUUCUCCACCACCACCACCACCAGUUCAAUACAGUUCGCCGCCCCCACCGGUAUACCAUUCACCGCCUCCGUGCGAAACUCCACCUUCAGUUUCUCCGCCCCCACCACCCGCCCCUGUAUAUGAAGGGCCAUUGCCACCUAUCGUUGGACUCCCGUACGCGUCGCCCCCACCACCACCCUUUUAUUGAUUCUUUUGACCAACAAUACUCAUCACUCACGCUUGUAUUAUUAAUUGCGGCCCUUUCUUCACUAAUACUCUCCAAUGGAAGGAACGUUAUGCGACUCUCUUUCGUCGCUUAUUAUGAAUUACUAGAACAAGAGAACGUACGACAAGGUUUUGUUCUUUAUUUUAUCGUCAAGAAGGUUGAAGAAAAGCGAGGGUAAGAGGAGAAAGAUAGUCUCUCUCCAUACAUAUUGAUUUCAAAUGUUAUCAAUAAAUAAAAAUGGAUGACAGAAAAAGAGUAGGUUGCAGAGAAGAGAAAAUUGUAUGUAUAGGGAUGAAUCCGAGAGCUUAUGUUAUUAUGGCUGCAAAGGCAGUGGCAGUAGCAGUUCCACUUUCUGCCGCAGCGGCUGCUGGUUAUUUUUAUUGUUAUUGUCUCUCCUCUUAUAUCAUACUACUAUUUUAUUUUUUUAUAUGUAUAAAUUUUGUUUCUUUUGCCUUUCAAUUCAGUAGUAUAUUUAAUUAGCAUUUCGCUUGAUUUGA